AUGUCACACUCUCCUGAGGAGCUCAAGGGGAUCGCCAUUGCAGGGCGAGUCUCUUCAGUCCUCUCUAUUCUAGGUUCAUUCACAAUAGUCGGCGCCUUUUCUCUUUCUCGGCAUUUCCGGAGCCCUAUUCAUCGUAUAAUAUUCUUCAAUUCCUUCUAUAAUCUGUUCGACUCUGUCGCUACCAUGAUAUCCACUAGUGGACCUGCAGCUGGAGAUACUUCAUCGCUAUGUCAAUUCCAAGGCUUUGCUCUUCAGAUGUUUCCAGUAGCUGACGUGCUCUGGACAUUCGCAAUGGCCUUGGAUACAUACUUGGUUGUCUUCCAUCAUUUUGAUACUCAAUCUUUGCGCAAGCUCGAACCAAAAUACAUUGGCGUUAUUUCUAUUCUCUCAUUCAUCCCUGCCUUUGCCUUCCUCUUCAUCCGUGGUGGUGAGAAAGGUCCUAUUUAUGGUGACGAGACCAUCUGGUGCUCAAUAGCUCGCAGUUGGAUGAUCCUCCGCAUAAUAUUCUACUAUGCACCCGUAUGGCUGAUAAUAGUCAUCGUCCUAAUACUAUAUUGUCUCAUCGGUAUCGAGAUAACGCGAGUUCGCGACGAGUUCAAAUUAAGCGAUGACGAUCAUAUCGCGCUGACUGGCAAUUCUGCCAGCAGCGUCACGACCGUGGAAGCGAAUUCCCGGAAAAAACCAGCUUUCACCCCGGAAUCUACUAUAACAAGCGAUAACACGGACCAAGAUACCUUCCAGCAUCCUCUAUCUAGAAAAGCCCCGGCAACAUAUCAAACUCCGCAACAGAGACGUGUGUCACUGAGACAAUACGUGAUCAUGCCAUCGCUUUUCUUCCUUGCGAUGUUAGCAACGUGGAUUGCACCUACCAUCAACCGUAUCUCGGAAUUCGUGCAUCAUAAGCAUGGAACAUAUUCACUUCUGCUCGCUGUGAGUACAUUGGGGUCCCUGCGUGGGUUUUGGAAUGGUGUUAUUUUCAUAACUAUCGGGAUGAAGGGAUGGAAGAGACGAGCUUCGCAGAGGAGAAUGGCUCUUAGACAGAUUAGGAAUGGUCGUGGGUGA